AGCUCCCCCAGUCCUCCCCCAUGAGUUUCCAUCGCUUGCUCAUUUCCUAUUCGUCUCCAGUUUCCGUUAUUCUCAUCGCCGCUCGUUCAUCCACCCAUUUCUUUCUUCCGAUCUGCUCAAAAUAGGAUAACAUCAUCCAUCAAUUCCUCUUCCCCACCCUAAAUUGUUAGGUGAAUCCAUAUCCAAUUUAUUUCCGACCAUCCAGACUGUUAAUUGUUGCCUAUCGAUAGGGGAAGAUGCUGCACAACGCUGGAGCCUUGCCUCUCACCUCCUUGAACCACAUAUCCCUCGUGUGCAGAUCGGUCGAGAUGUCCCUCGAUUUCUACCAAAAUGUUCUUGGCUUCGUUCCCGUUAGGAGGCCUGGAUCCUUCGAUUUCGACGGGGCAUGGUUGUUCAACUAUGGAAUUGGCAUCCAUUUGUUGCAAUCGGAAGAUCCAGAGAACAUGCCGAAGAAAACAGAGAUCAAUCCCAAGGAUGACCAUAUCUCCUUCCAAUGCGAGAGCAUGACCUUAGUGGAGAAGAAGCUGAAAGAGAUGGGAAUACCCUACAUCCAGAGGCGAGUCGAGGAGGGCGGCAUCUACGUAGACCAACUCUUCUUUCAUGACCCAGAUGGCUUCAUGAUUGAAAUAUGCAAUUGUGACAACCUUCCGGUGAUCCCUCUGGUCGUCGGGGAGCCGGUGAGGGUGUGCAAAAGAGUGAGUCUCAUGAAACAGCAGCAACAGCAGCAGCUCCAGCAGCAACAGAUGGUGCAAUAUCUCCCACCAGCCAUGCAUGUCAAGGAGGAGCCGCAUAUCCCUUGUGCAUGAAUAAUUGAGCGAGUCAGGGGGGCAGAGCUUUCAUUACAUGUUGUUGUGGGAACCAGAGUAUGCUUUGUUGUAUCUAGGGGUGUCUUUUUUUUUGUUUCAUAGGCAUCAGGUGAAAGUGUAGUAGAGAAGCUCGUUCAUCUUCUGCCAUGUAAAAGGGUCGUGUAGUUUGUUGUGUUUUCUUAUGAUGACGCCCAACUGUCUUUGUCA